ACCAAACAAUAGAAACCCCAGCUGAUGAUCUUGAUAAGUCAAGUUUAUUUGAAAUAGACGAAACAGAAGAAUCUGAUAAUGAUACAGUCGAAUCUGUUACCUUGGACCUUGCUAAUAUUAAAAAUUCUUCUUAUGUUGUUG